AUGAUGCAGUCCCUGAUGAUGCAGUCUCUGAUGAUGCAGUCUCUGAUGAUACAGUCUCUGAUGAUGCAGUCUCUGAUGAUGCAGUCCCUGAUGAUGCAGUCCCUGAUGAUGCAGUCUCUGAUGAUGCAGUCUCUGAUGAUGCAGUCUCUGAUGAUACAGUCUCUGAUGAUGCAGUCUCUGAUGAUACAGUCUCUGAUGAUACAGUCCCUGAUGAUGCAGUCUCUGAUGAUGCAGUCUCUGAUGAUACAGUCUCUGAUGAUACAGUCCCUGAUGAUGCAGUCCCUGAUGAUGCAGUCUCUGAUGAUGCAGUCUCUGAUGAUACAGUCUCUGAUGAUGCAGUCUCUGAUGAUGCAGUCCCUGAUGAUGCAGUCCCUGAUGAUGCAGUCUCUGAUGAUGCAGUCUCUGAUGAUGCAGUCUCUGAUGAUGCAGUCUCUGAUGAUGCAGUCCCUGAUGAUGCAGUCCCUGAUGAUGCAGUCUCUGAUGAUGCAGUCUCUGAUGAUGCAGUCUCUGAUGAUACAGUCUCUGAUGAUGCAGUCUCUGAUGAUACAGUCUCUGAUGAUACAGUCCCUGAUGAUGCAGUCUCUGAUGAUACAGUCCCUGAUGAUGCAGUCUCUGAUGAUGCAGUCCCUGAUGAUACAGUCUCUGAUGAUGCAGUCUCUGAUGAUGCAGUCUCUGAUGAUGCAGUCUCUGAUGAUACAGUCUCUGAUGAUGCAGUCUCUGAUGAUACAGUCUCUGAUGAUACAGUCCCUGAUGAUGCAGUCCCUGAUGAUGCAGUCUGAUGAUGCAGUCUCUGAUGAUGCAGUCUCUGAUGAUACAGUCUCUGAUGAUACAGUCUCUGAUGAUGCAGUCCCUGAUGAUGCAGUCUCUGAUGAUGCAGUCUCUGAUGAUGCAGUCUCUGAUGAUACAGUCUCUGAUGAUGCAGUCCCUGAUGAUGCAGUCUCUGAUGAUACAGUCUCUGAUGAUACAGUCCCUGAUGAUGCAGUCUCUGAUGAUACAGUCCCUGAUGAUGCAGUCUCUGAUGAUGCAGUCCCUGAUGAUACAGUCCCUGAUGAUGCAGUCUCUGAUGAUACAGUCUUCUUCUUGAACUCGCUGCCGUUCGUCGGGACCUUCUGGAUGUGUAGCGUGUAA